AUGGGAUUCCUUGGCGCGUUCACACAUGGGAGUAGCGUGGUGUUUCCAUCUCAGCAGUUCGAUCCUGCAAAGGUGCUGGAUGCCAUUCAAGCUGAGCGCUGUACAAUCUUGUAUGGCGUUCCUACCAUGUACGGUGCCGCACUGGACGUAAACUCCAAGAGUCCUCGAAACCUGUCUUCCUUAAAACUGGCACUGGCAGCUGGCUCACCGGUUCCGCAGAGGGUGGUCAAGCGUUUGGAAGAGGAAAUGGGCAUCAAAGGUGUGCUAAUCGCGUACGGCAUGACGGAGACGUCGCCCGUGACUUUCGCCACCCAAAUGAGCGACUCCUUUGAUCAACGUCUGGGUAACGUUGGUACUGUUUUCCCUCAUACCACUGGAAAGAUCAUCGACCUCAAAGGCGAAGUUGUGCCCCGGGGAGUUGCUGGUGAAAUCUGCGUGAGCGGAUUUACACUCCAGCAGGGAUAUCUGAGGAACGCCGAGAAGACCAACGAGGUCAUGAAGACAGACUCGGCCGGGACCCGCUGGAUGCAUACCGGUGACGAAGGGAUCAUCGAUGCCGCUGGGUAUCUGCGGGUUACUGGCCGAAUCAAGGAUAUGAUUAUCCGAGGUAAGCACGUUCCAUACCAAGACCUAGCAGAAUGCGCAUCCGGUAUUGACUUGCUGGUUGUAGGAGGCGAGAACAUUACACCCGUUGAAGUUGAAGAACGACUGCUUGCGCAUCCAAGUGUAGUGGAGGCCGCGGUUGUCGGAGUUCCGCACGUAAAGUAUGGAGAGACGGUGAGCUGCUUCUUGCGACAAGCGGAGCAGACGUCUCGACCUACAGCGUCGGAACUUGUGGCCUGGGUCCGGGAGACGCUCGGCAGACACAAGGCGCCUGAGCAUAUAUGGUGGAUUGGCGACGCUGCAGUAGGGCCCGACUUCCCCAAGACGGCAAGUGGGAAACACCAGAAGCACACCCUCCGUGCUCUCGGGACAAACAUCCUCAAGGGCGGUUUACGGGCAAAGCUGUAG